AUGUGGGAAAUAUCACGACGUUGUGCUAUUCUACUUUUACUUUGUUCUGGGCGUAGAGUGUAUGAUCUAACACUGCUUAGUAUAUCGGACUCUAACUUUAUAGACGACACUGAAGCUAACUGUUUAACAUUUUGGCCUAUGUUCGGUUCUAAGACUGAUUCUGUGUCUUAUACUCAAUCAGGUUGGAAAUUGUACUCGAAUAAUGAGAACGCUAAUAUAGAUCCUGUACUAUGGGUAAGAAAGCUAAUACAAUUCGGAAAGGAUAUAGGUAGGGAAGGAAAAGUAAGUAACCUCUUUGUAACAGCCCGUGGACCCGCUAAAGCUGCUUCUCGUACUGUAAUCGCAGGCUGGGUAAAAUCUGUUUUGUCUGACGCGGGCGUUAAUGCAACACCAGGUAGCGUGAGAUCAGCUGUGGCAUCCAGGAGUUGGUUGGAUAGUGAACCAUUGGACAAAAUCCUAUCUAGAGCUAAUUGGAAGUCUAUAAAAACUUUCUCAAAGUUCUACAAAAAAGAAAUAAGACCAUUGCCUAAUGUAAUUUCAGAUAGCGUCUCGUUGUUUAAACCUGUAAGA